AUGCCUGGGGAAGAGAACGGCAAGGUUCCGUCGGUGACGGGACCAACGGGACGUAUCCUACCGGCCGAUAGCUACACAUCGACCGAUCCAACCGUACCGGUGAAGUUGCGCAUAGCAAAGGAAGGUUUGGCUUCGCUCGAUCCACUGUCCGUCCCGGACCUGAUGAACCGUACCGUGCGCGACCAUCCCAACCAUCCGGCGAUGGUGUUCCGAAACGCCCAAAAGCAGUGGCAAACUGUCACUUACAGCGAGUAUCGCAACCGUGUCCAUCAUAUGGCGAAGGUGUUCAUCAAACUCGGGCUCGAGCCCCACCAUACAGUGGCCGUGCUGGCGUUCAACAGCCCGGAAUGGUUCGUUUCCGAGCUUUCGGCGAUUCAUGCUGGCGGCAUCAUUACCGGCGUGUACACGACCAACUCGGCUGAAUCGGUGCAACAUGUGCUUGAAAGCUCCCGGGCCCAGAUCGUGGUGGUGGACGAUGCAAAACAGAUGGAGAAAAUCUGUUCGAUUCGUCAGAACCUGCCGAACCUGAAAACAGUCAUACAAACGAUGCCACCGUACGCACCGUACGUCAAGCGGGAGGAUGGCUACUAUCGCUGGUCCGAAUUGGAAGAAAUGAACGUAGAUGACGUGGAGGAAGAGUUUAACAAUCGUCUCGCGAACAUAGCCAUCAACCAAUGUUGCUGCUUGGUGUAUACGUCUGGUACGGUCGGUAAUCCAAAGGGCGUUAUGCUUAGCCACGACAAUUUCACUUGGGAUUCGUAUGCGAUCGGCAAGCGGCUCCAUCAAAUUCGUUACGCCGAGGAGGUGCUCGUGUCCUUUCUGCCACUCAGCCACGUCGCCGCCCAGAUGGUAGACAUCUUCCUAACGCUGCAGUUCGCCUGCACCGUAUACUUUGCCGAUAAGGAUGCGAUGAAGGGUACGCUGCUGAACACGCUGCAGGAAGCGAAACCGACGCGUAUGCUAGCGGUGCCCCGUGUGUACGAGAAGAUCCAGGAAAAGAUGCUCGCGAUCGGGGCCCAGAGCGGUGCGGCGAAGAAGCUGGUGGCCGGUUGGGCAAAAAGCGUUACGCUGCAGCACCAUCUGGACGCGAUGGAAGGAAAACCGACAAACUCGUGGCAAUAUCGCCUGGUGAAGAACUACAUCCUGUCGAAGGUAAAAGAUGCGCUGGGAUUCAGCCGCUGCCUAACAUUGGCUACAGCGGCCGCACCAAUGGACCGUGAAACGAAAAAGUACUUCAUGAGCCUCGAUCUACCGAUCAACGAGGCUUUCGGUAUGUCAGAAACAUCCGGUGCGCAUUCGCUGACGGCACCGGAUAGCUAUAACUUCGAUACGAUCGGUAAACCACUCGGUGGUCUCGAGACGAAAAUCGACAAACCGGACGAGAGGGGACACGGCGAAAUAUGCAUGCGAGGCCGUCACAUACUGAUGGGGUACAUAGGAGAGGAAGGAAAAACUCACGAAGCUGUUGACGAGGACGGAUGGUUGCAUUCGGGCGAUGUGGGAUACGUAGAUGAGUCCGGUUUUAUGUACAUCACGGGACGCAUCAAGGAACUUAUUAUCACCGCGGGCGGUGAAAACAUCCCGCCAGUGCACGUGGAGAAUCUCGUCAAGAAUGAGCUACCGUACGUGAGCAAUGCGUUCCUCGUGGGUGAUAAGCGCAAAUUCCUUACCAUGCUGAUAACGCUCAAAACGCAAAUGAACCUCGAUACCGGUGCACCGAAGGAUGAGCUAACGCCGGAGACGAUCAUUGCGCUGAAGGAACUUGGCGUCGAAUAUGGCAAACUGAGUGAAGUACAUGCUGCAGGUCCCUGCCCGAAGGUUUUGAAAGCCAUUCAGGAAGGAAUCGAUCGCGCGAAUGCGAAAGCCAUCUCGAACGCGCAGAAGAUUCAAAAGUUUGCCCUACUGAAGGAAGACUUUUCCGUGCCUGGUGGUGAGCUCGGUCCUACGCUGAAGAUCAAACGUAACAUCGUGGUGGAAAAGAACAAGGACGUUAUUGAAAAGUUCUACUCGUAG